AUGGCCUACAAUUCCGUGUAUGCGGGUAGGUCAAGUGUCCUCGAGUACUUUGUCGCGACCGAGACGCCCGUGUAUCCGCUGGCCGACCGAGGCGUGCUCCUGCUCCUGCUCCUCUUGCACACGGCGCCGAGUGACAUCAAUCCGUUCCGGACUGCGUUUUGUGAGCUCGACGAUCGCGACGGCAAUGUUAGCGCAGUGCACGCCGUGUCGUACUCGCAGCUGAUCAACCUCCUCGGCCGGUCGCUCUCGACUGAGAUUGGAACGUCGCUAUUGUACGCACUCGUCACCAUCCACCCGAGCUUUGCCGCGGGAAUCGCGCAGCCGCUCGACAUGGAGCUCUUCGGCCUGCCGCUGCUCAAAGCCAUGUAUGACAGCACCGCGCCGACCUCACUGUACGUGUACUUGACCGUGCUCUUGCGGCUCUCGGAGCGACCCGCCGUCGUUGAGGCCCUCCAUGUGUCCAUGCUCCAUGACCACGUCGAGUGGUACAUGGAAAAGUACAUGGUGGACAUUUCGUUUGCAUCGGCUGCGAUCGUCCUACUCGUGCGUCUCGUGCACAAGAACGUCGCGACGUUUCGGAACCCGCGACUGCACAGCUUGGCCUUUGGCACGCUCUUUAACCUUCUGCAAUAUGCGCACCAGCUGCACCCGUACGCAAGCCAGAGCCUCGUCCACGCAGUCGAGCACUGGGCAAAGAAGGAAGCGCGGGUGCAAGCCGACCUCGACGUCCUCGAUGCCUCGCCACAUGAGGCCGACGACGUGACAAUGCACCAAACCAAGCUGCUGGAGAAGCAAGCCAUGUACAUGGAAUGUCUGCACCUCGGCCUUGGCUUGAUCAACGUCGUCUUGUCGGGCCGGCUCUUGCCUCGGAAUCCACAGCUCAUGUACUCGCUCUUGCAUGCGUCGAGCCUCUUUACGUCGCUGGCCGGGCACGCCGACCUCGCCUUCCAAACGUCGCCCGACCACACGCACGUGCAAGAGAUGGUCGCGUACUUCCGCGCGGUCGUCGACAUGGAAGAAGAAGCGCACGAGGCUGACGAAGUCCACGUGCUCAGCGUGGAGCGCGUCUUCGAGUACAUUCAACGUGGCUGCACCAGCCUCUUUGCCACGGACGACCCGCGAGACGAGCCGAGCUACUGCUACGUGUUUGACGAAGACCCGACACUAGCCCGCACGUACUUUGUCCAUACGCUGUGGGCGUGCGUCGUCGAGCUCACGGCCGACCUGCCAUGGGCCUACGACAAGCUGCGAUACCAGCGCCGCGCCGCGAUAUAA